AUGGCACUCCCAGAAUCAAGAACUUUAAGUCUUAUUUUCAAGUAUGUAGAUGACCAUGUGCUAAAUUAUAUUGAACUAUUAAAGGAAGCUGUUGCAAUAAAAUCCGUAUCUUGUUCUCCUCAUUUAAGAGAUGAUUGUAUUACUAUGGUGAAAUGGCUACAUUGUAAGCUAAAGGCACUUGGUGUUGAAGCAGAGGAAUGUGAUGUGGGAACACAGACUUUACCUGACGGAAGACCACUACGUUUGCCUCCUGUCAUUCUUGGGUCGCUUGGAAAUGAUCCAUCUAAACCUACUGUAUGUAUUUAUGGACAUAUAGAUGUUCAACCUGCAGCUCAAGAAGAUGGUUGGCAUACAGAACCUUUUAAUCUAACUGAGAUAGAUGGUAAAUUAUAUGGUAGAGGUGCAUCCGAUGACAAAGGCCCAGUCCUCUGCUGGUUAAAUGCUAUCCAAGCUUAUCAAAAACAGGAAUUGCCAAUUCCUGUCAAUUUAAAGUUUGUUUUUGAAGCAAUGGAAGAGAGUGGAAGUGAAGGGCUUGAAGAUCUGUUAAAACAAAGGAAAGAAUCAUUUUUUCAAAAUGUCGAUUAUGUGUGCAUAUCUGAUAAUUAUUGGCUUGGAAAAGACAAACCUUGUUUGACCUAUGGGUUAAGAGGAUUAUGCUACUUUUUUAUAGAAGUUACAUGUGCUUGUAAAGAUCUGCAUAGUGGAGUGUAUGGAGGAACCAUAAAUGAAGCUAUGUCUGAUAUGGUUUAUUUAUUAAGCAGAUUAGUUGACAAAGAUGGUACAAUACUUAUUCCUAACAUUAAUAAUGAUGUUCUUCCAGUGACUGAUGAUGAACGACGUCAGUACCAAGAAAUUGAUUUCAGUGUUCUCGAUUAUAAAACAGAACUUGGUUCACCCAGCCUUUUACAUAAAGAAGAUAAGACUAAGUUAUUAAUGAGUCGUUGGAGAUUUCCUUCUCUUAGUGUUCAUGGCAUGGAAGGAUGUUUCUCAGAUCCUGGAACCAAAACAGUUAUACCUAGGAAAGUUAUUGGAAAAUUUUCAAUAAGAAUUGUACCAAAUCAAGAUCCUAUAGCUGUAGAGAAGGCUGUUGUAGAUUAUUUGAAUAAGGAGUGGGCCAAAAGGGGAAGUAGCAACAAAUUCAAAGUUUCAAUGGUCCAUGGGGCUAAAGCGUGGGUUACCGACCCCAGAAAUUCUAAUUACGAAGCUGCAAUUAGAGCCACUAAGAGAGUAUAUAAUACUGAACCAGAUAUGACCCGUGAAGGAGGUUCUAUACCUAUCACUCUUACUUUUCAGGAGGUUACUGAUAAAAGUGUUAUCCUGAUACCAAUUGGUGCUUGUGAUGAUGGUGCACAUUCUCAAAAUGAGAAACUUGAUCGUAGAAAUUAUAUACAAGGGACAAAAUUGUUGGCUGCAUAUUUAUAUGAGAUAGGUAAAAUGGGAAAAUAG